UUUUCUGGAAUGUGUAAAUGCUGAAAUUGAUAACCCAGGAUCAUCCACCAUAAAAUCGGAAAUAAGUGAUACCAUUGAUCCGGAAUCACUCAUGAAAAUUCAGUCAUCAUGCCAAAUGUAUCAUGCUGAUAAAACGUAUAAACUUGAAGAGCUGACUUCUAUGGACACAAGUAUAGAUUCACCAUCAUCACCAAGACCAUCCACCUCUAUGAAAUACCAACCAGAGAUGCUACAUAGUGUUGACAAAGUUUUUGAACAACCUAAAACACUGAAUUUUUCCAAGAAACACGUAAAUAAUGAAGUAAUUGAUGUCUCAUCUGGUUCUGAUACAGAUUCUUCUGUUGAUUGUUUUAAGAAUUUUGAGAAUUCUUUUGAGAAUUCUGAUGAUUCUUAUGAUGAUAUUUCAAUUAUCAAUGCUAUAAAUAAAACUGAGAAUGCUGAUGAACCUAUAUUUAUAUCUUCAUGUUCCACUUUUCAGCUAACUGAUAAUGAUAAUACAUUAUUGGCCAACCAAAUUAAAGCUCUAAUCACUGGCAGUGAUAGACAAGUUAUAAAUAAUGAGAUCCAAGAUGGGCCUAAAGAAGAUGUUGAGGAAAAUAAUGAUUUACAUAUAAAGAAAAAACGAUCAGAUAAUCCAAGACCAGGAUGCAGUAAAGAUUCUGGAGAUACAUUCCUUGAGAUGGAUGAUUUCUGUAGUUACUCCAAUACGGAUGAAUUACUAAAAGAUGCAAAACUAAUACAUGCUCUUCUACCUAGAUAUAAUUAUCGUUUGAUUCUUAGAAUACUUAAUAAUAAUCAAUUUGCAAGAAAUCGUAUUGAGCUUACAUUAUGGGAUUUAUUACCAGAGGAAAGACCGCUGCCACAAUAUUUAAAGAGACCAAAAUUUUCAGAUGAGAUAAGUUUUAUAGAACAUAAAAAGAAAUACCAUAUUUCUCUACAAAAAAAUCAGGUAGAUGCAAAUACAGCUUUAGAAAAGAAAGAACAGACUUGUGUAAAAAAUGAGGUAAUUGCUGAUAACAAAAAAUCAGAUGUAGCAUUUGCAUCAUCAACAGAUGAGAAUAAUGAAAUGGUGAAGAAUGUAUCAGAAGUAGCAACUUCAAUAAAUAAUACAACCGAUCAAAACAUGACACCGUUGAAAAAAACAAAGUUGGAUCAUAAAUCAGAUGAAUCUGUCACAACCGUUGAAGAUAGUAGCAAUAUUAACAUGAUUGUUCCAAAUUCGAAGAUAUCCACAUCACCAGAAGUCAGUUCAGAGACUAAGGAAUUGCAUUUGAUUGAGAAUUUGGAAGUUCCAAAGACUUGUAAAUCUGAUGAUAAAUAUUCGGAACGUUAUAAAGUUCGUACAGUUGUAAUGCCGCCAAAAUUCACAUUUCAAAGUAAUUUCACGAUACAAAAAGAUGAAAAAUGUCUUAAAUCGACAACUCCUGUUUUAUCACCACCAAAAUUAAAAGUUCUUGCUAAAAAUACAGUAUCUACAGUAUCACCACCAAAAUUAAAAGUUCUUGCUAAAAAUACAGUAUCACCAACAGAUGUAUCUAAAUAUAAACCUGUUAUAAUGCGUAAUAGACUUAAAAGGUUAGAACCUAAUAUAACGCAGACUGAACCAAUAAUUUCUCCAAGCCCCAAUAUUUCCUCCAUAUACACGAAUCCGUGUACCCAAAAGUUAAUCAGCAGUCCUAAUACAAUAAAGCAGAAUGAACCGAUCGUUCAUCGUGUGUCUCAUCCAUGGUCUCUAAAUCCAAGUCUACUUGCAUCGAAUUGUAUGUUACUAGACAUGUUAUCAAAUAACAAAAGAGCAUCUGAGAGGCGUGGUGCGCCUCUCGAGCCAAACUCGAUACACCAAACGGUUAAUCAAAUAAAAAUAAUAGAACCACAAGCAUCAAAAGUUACAAAAGAAGACGGCAUUAAAGUAGUUAACGUCCAAACGACACAGGUACUAGUACCUGCGACAUUAAAUGCUUCAUCGUCUUCAAUAGCUACCGUUCCAAGUACCUCACACGACCAAAAAACAAACAAUAUGACUACAUCCCAGGUUUACGAUAAAGGAAGCAUACAGCAGCAUUCAUCGAUAACUCAGAGAACACCCAUUGAAGUUAAUGAUGCAAAUAAAAUUAAUUGGAAAGUAGAGCAAUUGGAAACAACAGAUGCAAUGGGAAAUAAAAAAUUAAAAAUAUAUACAUACAAAGACAAGCCAAAAGAAGUAGCGAACGAUGCCGAACAAAAGGAAAUAGUGCUAAACUCAAAAGCUCUUAAAAUAUAUGUCAAAUUAAUAACUAUGUUUCCAACUAUAAAACCUACUUUUAUUAAGAAAUUAUGCUAUGAUUAUGUAAAAGAUGAUGGAAGAGAUGAAGUAACAGUAAUUGCUAAUUUAGUUGAGAUACUGCUCAACUCUGAUCAAAAACAUCUGGUUGAAGUGAAGCCACGAGUAGAACCACAGGCGACAACUUCAAAAUCUUAUGAUAUGAACGAACAAUACGCGGAUUUACUGAUGAUAUUUCCUGAAGCAGAUCCUGUAUAUUUAAGAAAAAUAGCUGAGGAAAUAUAUAAUAAUCCCGAACAGAUAAAAGAAUUUGUUCAGUCGAAAUUAGAAAACCCCGACUAUCCAACGCGAACGCAAUAUCUGGCUAAAAAGAAAAUUACUCAACAACAAAAGCAGUACACUACGGAUUUCCAAGUGAAACAAUUCUUAGAGAUAUUUCCAGAUCCAUUUGCUUAUUUCGAAGAUGAUAAGAGGAAAUGUGAAUUUAAUCCGCAUGCAGUAGAUUUUCUCAAAUAUUACUUCAGCAAAUUAAGGGUAAACACAUUGGUGAAAUCAUAUAGUCAGUAUAUGAAUAAUUUAAGUUUAACUGCAAAAGCUCUGGAAGUGUUAAACCCUGAUAUGAAAACUAAACGAUAUUGUAACAAGAUGACUCUAACAGAGGAUAUACCAUUUCUUCAAGAGUGUGCUUUUAUACAACAUAAAACAGAGCUUAGAAAAUAUCUAGAUGAUGUGAAAGCAACAGAACAGCAAGAAUUUAAUGAACUUAAAGCAAAAAAUGGAUUACUUGAAUGUCAUUGUUGUUAUGAUGACGAAUGUAUGCCAUCAAAGUGUUCCACAUGUGAGGAUGGUCAUGUGUUUUGCAAUUCAUGCAUUAUACGGAGCACAGAUGUGGUAUUAGCAGAUGGCAAUACGCGCGUUGAUUGCUUAUUGCAGUGUGGUUGUGAAUUUCCUUUAUCUGUACUUCAACAAGUGUUACCGCCGACUAAAUUUAGUAUUCUACUUUGUAAACGACAAGAAGCGGAGAUAAUAGCUGCUGGAGUCGAUGGUUUAGUAUCGUGUCCGUUUUGUCAUUUUGCAUCUAUACCACCAGCUGAAGAUAAGAUUUUCAAAUGUCUUAAUCCGGAAUGUAUGAAAGAAUCUUGCCGAUUAUGCAAGGAACUUAAUCAUAUACCUUUGAAAUGCAACGAAAAGAAGGCAGAAUCUGCACGUUUAUAUUUGGAAGAGAAGAUGACUCAAGCUCUGGUACGUAAAUGCUACCGUUGUAGUCGAAUGUUUUUCAAAGAAGAAGGCUGUAACAAAAUGACUUGUAUCUGUGGCGCCCAAAUGUGUUACAUUUGUGAUAAACCAGUUACCGAUUAUAAGCACUUCCAAGGUCAAGGAGCAGAACGUUCAAAUCUUUGCCCACUGUGGAGCGAUGAUCGUCGCCUGAAUGCUGAGGGAGUAAUCAAAGUAUGUAAAGAAACUAUGAAGCAGAUUAAAGAAAAAGAUCCUCAUGUUGAUAUAAAUGUGGAUGCGCUUUUACCAAAGUUACCACCUAAAAGCAAGGGUCCUCAUGAAGAUAUUCAAAAUGCAUUGGUUGGAUUAUACAAUAGGAUUGGUGGACAGUUUCUAUGA